UGCAUUGCGGCCCAAGAAAUAACUACACCGCUACAAAGAGGGCACGAAGCCAAGUCUAGUCUAGUCCUGUGCUGCGCCCAAUUGGAAACAAAAGGUGAUAAUCAUAGUAUCCUACAUCGAUGGACGACGCAUCAGAAGCCAGCUGGUUAUCUGAUUUGAUGUUGAAGGAAACGGAGGAUUGCAACUUGUUCCGACACAGUCACCUUGAGACGUUGCUCGACGAUGAUGACGAGUUACUUUCGCAUGAGAUAGCAAGUGCCUUUGAGAACUUGCACCAACCUUUGUAUUCGGAGACUUUUGAAAGGUCCACCAAGCAGCCCAAAACGAAUGCCUCUUCCUCCCCUUCUUCUCCAACCUCCAAGAUUCUUCUGUCUUUCGACAACUCCUCCGAUUCUGCUGCCUUAAGCCCAAAUCAGAUCAAGAACAAAGGUGUUUCAGUUUCAGUUUCACUACCACAAACCCGAAAACGUUCAUCAGAAAACCACAACUUUCAAACUGAAAGCCCCAAAGGCCCAAGAAGCUACAAGUCCCCAUCUUACGCUCGGGAUCACAUCAUCGCCGAGAGAAAACGAAGAGAGAAGCUCAGCCAGAGCUUAAUCGCUCUAGCUGCUCUUAUUCCCGGCUUAAAGAAGAUGGACAGGGCAUCGGUGCUGGGAAAUGCUAUAAAGUACGUGAAAGAGCUGCAAGAGCGUCUGAGAAUGCUUGAAGAAGAGAACAAGGUGAUGGUGAACAAAGCAAAGCUCAGCUGCGAAGACGAUAUCGAUGGUUCAGCUUCACGUGAAGAUGAAGAAGGCAGUGAAAGACUCCCCCGUGUGGAAGCGAGAGUGUCAGAGAAGGACGUGCUCCUUCGGAUCCACUGCCAAAAGCAGAAGGGGCUUUUGCUCAAAAUACUUGUCGAGAUUCAAAAAUUCCAUCUCUUUGUUGUCAGUAGCAGUGUCCUUCCUUUCGGGGAUUCCAUACUUGACAUAACCAUUGUUGCUCAGAUGGAAAAGGGGUACAAUUUGACCAUUAAUGAUAUUGUAAAAAACCUACGCGUGGCUACUUUGAAAUCCAUGUCAUAACACCAACGUCAACAUGUUCUGGUCUGGUCUGGUCUGGUCCCAGCAGGAUGGUCUGGUGGUGGUUGCUAAUAUCAAUAAUGAUAUUUUAAUGUUAGUGUGAACUGUGGGGCACAGACGCCCAAAACUGAUUGAAACUCGGAUGUUCAUUCAAAUGCUCCUCCCCUUAUCAAUUUCAAUGCACAAAAUUUAUAUGCUAUCGAA